AUGAGACGAGAGAACUUUGCCUGCACCACGAAGAUGACUAAAAUGAGACUAGAGAACUUUGCCUGCACCACGAAGAUGACUAAUAUGAGACUAGAGAACUUUGCCUACACCACGAAGAUGAUUAAUAUGAGACGCGAGAACUUUUCUUGCACCAGGAAAAUUACUAAUUUGAGACGUGAAAACUUUGCCUGCACCACGAAGAUGACUAAUAUGAGACGAGAGAACUUUUCCUGCGCCACGGAGAUGACUAAUAUAAGACGAGAGAACUUUGUCUGCGGCACGAAGAUGACUAAUAUGAGACGAGAGAACUUUUCCUGCGCCACGGAGAUGACUAAUAUAAGACGAGAGAACUUUGUCUGCGGCACGAAGAUGACUAAUAUGAGACGAGAGAACUUCACCUGCACCACAAAGAUGACUAAUAUGAGACAAGAGAGCUUUGCCUGCACCACGAAGAUGACUAAUAUGAGACUAGAGAACUUCACCUGCACCACAAAGAUGACUAAUAUGAGACCAGAGAGCUUUGCCUGCACCACGAAGAUGACUAAUAUGAGACUAGAGAGCUUUGCCUACACCACGAAGAUGACUAAUAUGAGACGAGAGAACUUCACCUGCACCACAAAGAUGACUAAUAUGAGACCAGAGAGCUUUGCCUGCACCACGAAGAUGACUAAUAUGAGACUAGAGAACUUUGCCUGCACCACGAAGAUGACUAGUAUGAGACUAGAGACAUUUGCCUACACCACGAAGAUGAUUAAUAUGAGACGAGAGAACUUUUCUUGCACCAGGAAAAUUACUAAUUUGAGACGUGAAAACUUUGCCUGCACCACGAAGAUGACUAAUAUGAGACGAGAGAACUUUUCCUGCGCCACGGAGAUGACUAAUAUAAGACGAGAGAACUUUGUCUGCGGCACGAAGAUGACUAAUAUGAGACGAGAGAACUUCACCUGCACCACAAAGAUGACUAAUAUGAGACAAGAGAGCUUUGCCUGCACCACGAAGAUGACUAAUAUGAGACUAGAGAACUUCACCUGCACCACAAAGAUGACUAAUAUGAGACCAGAGAGCUUUGCCUGCACCACGAAGAUGACUAAUAUGAGACUAGAAUGCUUUGCCUACACCACGAAGAUGACUAAUAUGAGACUAGAGAACUUCACCUGCACCACAAAGAUGACUAAUAUGAGACCAGAGAGCUUUGCCUGCACCACGAAGAUGACUAAUAUGAGACUAGAGAACUUUGCCUGCACCACGAAGAUGACUAAUAUGAGACUAGAGAACUUUGCCUACACCACGAAGAUGAUUAAUAUGGGACGCGAGAACUUUUCUUGCACCAGGAAAAUUACUAAUUUGAGACGUGAAAACUUUGCCUGCACCACGAAGAUGACUAAUAUGAGACGAGAGAACUUUUCCUGCGCCACGGAGAUGACUAAUAUAAGACGAGAGAACUUUGUCUGCGGCACGAAGAUGACUAAUAUGAGACGAGAGAACUUCACCUGCACCACAAAGAUGACUAAUAUGAGACAAGAGAGCUUUGCCUGCACCACGAAGAUGACUAAUAUGAGACUAGAGAACUUCACCUGCACCACAAAGAUGACUAAUAUGAGACCAGAGAGCUUUGCCUGCACCACGAAGAUGACUAAUAUGAGACUAGAGAGCUUUGCCUACACCACGAAGAUGACUAAUAUGAGACUAGAGAACUUUGCCUACACCACGAAGAUGAUUAAUAUGGGACGAGAGAACUUUUCUUGCACCAGGAAAAUUACUAAUUUGAGACGUGAAAACUUUGCCUGCACCACGAAGAUGACUAAUAUGAGACCAGAGAAUCAGUAA